AUGGCGGACCCUCGGAAUGUACUACAUGAGUCUAUGGAUGGGCAGCUGCAGAAUACUAUCUCGUCUUCUGCGCAGCUGCCAGGCGAUCUAGUGCAGUCAGCCGACAAGAACGCUCUCCUGGUCGGAAAGCCUGUGACCAAUGUACGGGCUCCCAAGCCCGCCAACCUAACUUGGCCCCAGGUGCAGCAUGUCGACAACGACCAACACACCGAGGGCACAGCUAUGGGAUCUGGAGCCCUGAGUAGUGGCCCUGUGUCACCGAUAUCACCCGUCGACUCAUCCGAAGCGUUGCGAACGCCAGGUGUUUCAGACCGACAGAAGUACGCGUACAGACAACCAUCGUCCCCCGGUGGGACAUCCCAGUUGCCUCCCCGCCUGCACUCCCCGGCGUCUCAAAUCUUUGAGCGGAGUGUCCAAGAAGAUAUACUCCCCCAGCAAGCUUCCCCAUCUAUACCCGCACAUAUUCGCACCGAGAACUACAUUCCUCCAGUCCUAGAGGCCUCGUCAGCCGCCAUUACCGACGAGCAAUUGGACCCGGAUUCAGUGGAAAUUAUCACCCAUAGUAUGCAUCAAUCUGCUGCCGCGGGUGUGACCGGUUCCUCGACAGCAGAACACUCACUGGCGUCCUCCGGCUUUGUUGAUCAUGCGGGGUUCCACCCUAUCGAGGCCGAUGAAAGCUCGUCCACUCAUGCCGCGCUAGACUCGACAGACGUCCGACGGUUGAGUUUCAUCUCUUUUGCCGAUGUCGUCAAUGCUGAACAUGCAGAGACGGGUGAGUCAGUGUACAGCCGAGAGCCCUCCCAGGUUGGAGGAGCUUCAGGUCAUCCGAUUGGUGCAGGAUACCACAAUCGUUCGCCGUCCCCGUUACGAUCUCCAACUUCCUCGCAUGGACUGGGCACAUCGCCCCCAACUAGUAUUGCGACUUCCUUCAAAGGUGUCGAAAUGUCGCCCAGCCAUGGCGCUCGCGGAGCGGCAAGUCCACUCCAACUGGCCCAAAGCCCAGUUUCUUCCAAUUUUGGUGGUGAACUGAAUGUUGAAACUAUGCGACAGGCGCUGAGACGAACGGGUAGUGGUGAUCUUGGUGGCUUUGCAAGCCAACCGGCUAGUGCCGUUGGCAACGAUGAGCCCUUGGAUCGUCAUUUCUGA